GUUUCUUCCUACCGCCGAUCUCAACUCUCAUCUACCGAUACCAUCGGUGUCCCACAAGCUUCUCGGCGGCGGUUGCCCAGGCGAAAGUCAUCAACAGAAGCCUCAGCGUUCCUUACACGCUUCUAUACCAAGGAGCGUCCUCGUCAGAAGAUGUCGGCGAAGAACACGCGAAGUAGCCCUGAAUAGCUUCUUAGCAGUGGCAACUCGUGCGUUUAGGGAUUCCCCAAUGUAUCCCUCUGCGCGACUUGACAACCAUGGGUCUCCACGUUACCUGCUUUUUGCAAGAUCAGAGAGGAGCUCUACCGGCUUAUGAUAAAGUCCGUUUCGAUAAGAAAUUGAAUUCCGACAGAUUUUCAUUAGUGCUUUUUUUUUGCCUCUAUAGCAUAGUGUUUCUGGUAGAAUGUCAAAGUUGCUAUCUUGGUAUGAACUGUCUGUCUAGACACAACAAUGAAUGCCAACUCCGGUGUCUUCCUCGUUAGUAAUGUUUGCAAUACGAGCAUUGUCCCCUGGGGACAAAUCAAUGCAUAGUUGAUACCUUUAAUGGAAUACAAUAUCU